AUGGGUCGCGUCCGUACUAAGACAAUCAAGAGAGCUUCUCGUGUUCUUAUUGAAAAAUACUACACCAAGCUUACCUAUGACUUCGAUACCAACAAACGCCUUUGUGAAGAAGUUGCUGUAAUUCCAAGCAAGAAACUUCGUAAUCAAAUUGCUGGAUUCGUCACUCACUUGAUGAGACGUAUUGAAAGAGGACCAGUUCGCGGUAUUUCUAUUAAACUUCAAGAAGAGGAACGUGAACGCAGAGAUAACUACAUGCCAGAAAUUUCUGAAGUUGAUCCAUCAAAACUUACCACUGUUGAAGUUGAUGCUGAAACCAAAGCUAUGGUUGAAUCAUUGAACCUCAACAUCCCACAACUCGUCGUCAAAAACGAGGGACGCCGUUAA